GGAAGGAAAAUGGGUGCGCACGUGAUUCCAGCAGUCCACUCUACAACUAACGGUCUUCAAUACCUCCCCUUGCUCCAUCAUUCCAAUAGCACAACAGCAGAGCAGAGCAGAGCAGACCGGAAGAAGAUGGCCGGAGAAGGAUUCAGUCUUGAUCAGGGGCCGGCUGAUGAUUAUGGAGGUAGAUUAACAGCAUCUGUGAUCGUCACUUGCCUCAUGGCCGCCUCCGGUGGCCUAAUUUUUGGAUACGACAUCGGGAUUUCAGGUGGCGUCACGGCCAUGGAAUCGUUUCUGGAACAGUUCUUUCCCAGGAUUUUGCGGCGGAUGGCGGCGGCACAGUCCGACGAGUUCUGCGUUUACGACAGCCAGGUGCUAACGGCGUUCACAUCGUCUUUGUACGUAGCCGGCCUGGCAGCAGCGCUGGCCGCCGGGAGGCUCACCCGGGCCGUGGGAAGGCAGAAGGUGAUGCUGCUAGGAGGGGCCACCUUCUUUGUCGGCUCCAUCAUCAAUGCGGCGGCAGUCAACGUGGAGAUGCUUAUCUUGGGGCGGAUACUGCUCGGCUUCGGUGUGGGUUUCACCAACCAGGCGACUCCGGUGUACCUGGCGGAGACGGCGCCGGCGAGGUGGCGAGGCGCCUUCACCGCCGGGUUCCAGUUGUUCAUCGCUGUCGGAGUGGUGGUGGCCAACCUCACCAACUACGGCGCCUCCCACGUUCGCGCCUGGGGGUGGCGCCUUUCGCUUGGCCUCGCAGCCGUCCCCGCCGCUGCCAUCUUCCUCUCGGCCAUCCUCAUCUCUGACACUCCUAGCAGCCUUGUCGCGCGCGGUAGGAUCGACGACGCGCGCAAGGCGCUUAUCAGAAUCCGGGGCGGCGAUGCGAACGCAGAGCUCAAAGCCCUCGAGCGCGCCGUCCGCGACGCAGACGAGAUGGCGCAAGGGGCGUUCAAGCGGAUCGCAACACGGCGGUACCGGCCGUACCUUGUGAUGGCGGUGGCGAUUCCUCUAUUUCAGCAGCUUACGGGGGUGAUCGUAAUCGCCUUCUUCUCGCCGGUGCUGUUCCGGACAGUAGGGUUCGGGAGCGACACAGCGCUCGUCAGCGCUGUCAUUCUUGGCGUCGUCAAUCUCGUGUCCCUCCUCAUCUCCUCCACUGUCGUCGACCGCUGCGGCCGCAAGUUCCUCUUCAUGACAGGCGGCGCUCAGAUGAUCCUCUCUCAGGCGGCGGUGGCGUGGAUACUCGGAGCCGCCGGGCGGGCAGCGCUGCCGCAGGGGCACGCAGUGGCGGUGUUGGUGCUGUUUUGCACGUACGCGUUUGGGUUCGGGUACUCAUGGGGUCCGCUGAGUUGGAUCGUCCCCGUCGAAAUCUUCCCGGUGGAGGUGCGGUCGGCGGGGCAGAGCAUCAGCGUCGCCGUCAACCUAGGGGUAACUUUCCUGCAGGCGCAGAUCUUCCUAGCCAUGCUCUGCCGUCUCAAGGCCGGUACCUUCGUCUACUACGCCGCCUGGGUGGGCGUCAUGACGGCAUUCGUGGCUGUCUUCCUGCCGGAGACGAAGGGGGUGCCACUGGAGGCCAUGCCGGCUCUGUGGGCCCGACACUGGUACUGGCGCCGAUUCAUGGUGACAAAUGACGUCACAGAGCAUAAUGACCAGGCACUGUCUUCUUAAUAAAUUACCUAUCUACUUUAACAGUAUGUUAUGUUGACUGUCAUGAUGAUAAAAUUACAUAUCCUAAUUAUCAAUAUUUAAUAUCACAUAUUA